AUGAUAAAAUUAUGUGUUUAUCUAUCUUACACAAUAACUCUACGAUUGUAUCAGGUUCAAAGGAUAAAACUAUAAGAUUUUGGAACAUUAAAGAAUUAACUAGUAUUUACAUUCUUAAAGGAUUUACUGAAAGAAUUUCAGAGACAUCAUUAUCUCCUAAUUGUAUAGAUAUGGCAGCAGCUAUAGAAUAUGGAUCAAUCAAACUCUAAAAAACUUUAAUUUUCAAAAGGUGUUCAUGAGGUACAUCAAGAUAAGAAAGAAGAAUAUAUUUAAUGUCUUAAGGUUUUUGGAAGAUAAAGCCAAAUAUCUGCAAAGAAUUGUAUUUUAUGGGAUGCUGUGAUAGAACAGGAUGGUAAAUCAUUAACAGAAUAAUUUGGAUAGAAAAAAGCUGAUAUGAAAAAGGGAUGUAAUUUUUAUAUUUAUGUAUUUUGGAUAUCAAUAUAUUAAAUUAAUAACUUUAAAUUCAGAUCAAUUAUGUAUCAUAUAUUAUUAAUCUAUAUUUGA